CUUUUGUUGACUCUUUGGCUCGAAGUAUGCACCAAUUCUAGCACGAUCAUGCCGUCCAUAGACUUAUUCCUGGACGGACGGGAUCCGGGGAUUGAUUCAAUAGGCUCCAAUCCACUCCCUUAUACCUUACAGACACCUUCCGGCCUGGCCAUCGUCGAGAUCCAAGGAACCAUCCACACUCCGAUGUCGACUGCGCAAACUGACACACUAUCAUCCCAGGCUACCUCAAACACACCUAUUGGCCGUCUUGAAUUCCCUUUCUACGAGAACGGCGACCAAAGCGAAGGGAAAUGGAUGAAAAGAGUCUAUCUAUACGUGGGAAAACAUCAACGCCUGACUGGCGAAGUCAAGAAACUCCCCAAGCCUCUGGGAGUUCUCCGAAAAAGACCGGUUAACGCGGUUACUAGUAGUAGCCAAGUUGCGGACGAGUCAAGUGGAGAUCUGGACUUGGUUGAUGUGAUCAAGUACAAGCUCCUAUUCAGCGGCAGGCCAGAACCAGUGGGCGAAUGAUAGACACAAUCCUGUGUAUACCCAUGUAUGAAUAUUCAAACAACUCGGCACAACGUCAGAUCUCCAGCCGUAUUCAUGGAGACUCUUAUCCCAGGAAAGGGAGGGCCAACGCAUGAAAGCUCAGGAGAGUUCCCAUUCUCAAUCACAGUGGUUACAGCGGUGGCUCUACAAUCUUAACACGGUCGACAUAACCAUGGCCAGGGAACCAUCCAAACAUUGCGGCUGACGACUGUGGAAGAUACUGGCUUCUUUACCUCGUCUCGGAUGUCAUAAAUACAUGGCUCCAUUCUAUCUGAUCGAAGCGGGCUGAAAAACUAUGGACAAAGCACCCAAAACCCAUACGAACAACUAUACUAACAGGCCGUUACUCUGGUUGGCGAGACUAUGACGACAUUUUCUUAUCCAUUGAGCGCUAUCCAGAUUGUCGAUCCCUGGUUUGAUGACAAUCAAAGGCCCAUUUUCUCCGGUUGAGGUCAUACUCGCCUAAAUGGCGAACCGCUGCAGCCGCUCCAAUGCUCUGCGCAAUAGGGAUGGAUUAUGGGGCACAAAAUGUAAACCUGGUUCCAAAGAACCCAGGACUGUAGGUGUGGAAGGCUCCGUGGUAUCCUGAACUCCACCUACCCCAGUGUCAUCCCCAACAUCUGGGAGUGGAACAUUGGUGGGAAUGCUCUGGUCGGUUGAUGGAAGUUCAGUCGAUGCUGGAGGUUCAAUCGCUGAGCUCGGGACGACAUCUGUGCCAUUCAAUGGAGGUAGUGCAGCAGUAGUGCUGUUGGUGGUCGGGUCAAGGGAUGGCUGUGCAUUGGUCGAGUUGGUACUCUCAUUACUUUGGGUGGAGUUUGAUGGAGGAGAUGGGUCAAACUCGAUGGGCAGGAAACCAGAGUUUUUGGGAUCACUGAGGACCUUGUCGGAGCUUUGUCGCUUGGCUUUCUCGGCGAAGUGACUAUGUUCUGGUGUGCGUUUGUCCAGCAACGCUGGUACAGGUUGACUUGGAAUCUUGAUAUCAUUUGAUGUCGAAGAAGUGCCCCCAAUUAGCUGUCCGCUUUCUCCAGAUGGGAUGACCCAUGGAUAAACACUUGUCGGCGCUCCAACGAGUAACAAGGCGGCAACAAAGGAUCUCGAGUCGAGUCGCAUUCUUAUAACGUUCGUGUCAACGGAAUGCUUGAAGGGGUGAGUGAUAAUCAAAGCGGCUACGCCGCACAAAGGAUAAGGGUAGAAUAAUAGCUUCAAAAGGGCUUAUAGUACAGAGUUGAACGAGAGUCUG